AUCGUUCAGUUCUCCAGGUGGGGCCUUCUCAGAGGACUGCGGCUCACCAUGUCAGAGGGAAACGGCAGCGCAGUGACUGAGUUCGACAUCGUGGGCUUCCCUGGACUCCACCCCGAGUACUACGGCCUGGCGUCCGCAGUCAUGUUCCUGGUGUACGUCUGCACUCUGCUGGGAAAUGCGGUCUUUCUCCUGCUGUUCGCCAAGGACCACAGUCUCCACAAACCCAUGUACCUCAUCAUUCUGAACUUGGUCGUGUCGGACAUUCUGUUCAGCACCACCACCCUGCCCAAGAUCAUCGCCAGGUACUGGUUUGGGGCGGGAACCAUUUCAUUCAUGGCCUGCUUCGUCCAGAUGUACCUUGUGCACUAUUUCGGAAGCGUCAACUCCUUCGUGUUGUUCAUAAUGGCCCUGGAUCGGUACGCGGCGAUAUGCCACCCUCUCAGGUACCCCAUGAUCAUGACGAACUUCAACGUGUGCGUUCUCUGCGCCACCGCCUGGAUCAUCUCGAAGGCCGUCCCCCUGAUGAUGGUGAUCAGGGCGUACCCACUGCCUUACUGCGCCUCGAACAAGAUAGAGCAGUGCUACUGCGAUCACAUCGCAAUCACAACGCUGGCGUGCACCGACAGGGCUCCAUACGGCUUCCCGGCCUUCAUUGGCGCCAUGGUGGUGCUGCUCGUGCCGCUGGGGUUCAUCGUCUUCUCCUACAUCUCCAUCAUCGUGGCCGUGCUCCAGAUCGCCAGCACCGAGGGCCGCCUCAAAAUGCUGUCCACCUGCAGCGCCCAGCUCAUCAUCAUCGCCCUCUACUACCUGCCCCGGUGCUUCGUCUACCUGGCCAGCAACGUGGGCAUCAGGUUCAGCAAGGACCUGCGCAUCGUCAUCAUCAUGCUGUACAGCCUGCUCCCGCCCAUGAUAAACCCGCUCAUAUACUGCUUGAGGACUACGGAGGUGAAGCAGGUCUUGCUGAAAAAAUUCAGGGGACAGAGGGUGCACGUGCAGAGACCAAAUAUCUCUACUCUUUGCAACUAAAUCAACGGAAUUCGAUUAUUUAGAUAUUCACUGUGUCUUUUUUUUCCCUCAGAAAAGGUCAAUAUAUGCCAUUUUGCAGGUUGGAGAAACUACUACUGCCAAAUUGUGCAGUACUUUGAAGCGGGCACAACUGCAGCAGUUUCCACAAGGAGGGGACUUUUAUUGUUAGUUCCCUAGCAACGUUUUACAUCCCGUCACAAGGAUGCAUCACUUAAAUAUGAAUAAAACUCAUCAGAAGACAUCUUCUCUGUGUACCCAAUGUGAAUUCUAUUGAGAAAAGAAAAUAUUUUCAUUCAAUUCAGAGAACAUGUAAAUGUUUUAAUGUGUGCAUUUUGAACUUAUUGGGUUAAAGGGUGUAGGCCUACUCAUUACAUCAAGACACAGUAUGUGUCUUUGAAACCAAAUGUAAGGAGUAAAAGAAAACACAAACAUCGUAGUGCUGUCUUAAGAUAUAAAUUAAUACAGAAUUUUAAGUUGUCAAUUCUUCAUCGAGUAAUGUGAUGUCAUCACAAAUGGAACAUGCAAAGUGGGGACUACAAGAUCCCAUUUUGUUCCAACAGCUACCAACAUCAUUUGACAUUGCUGCUUUUUAUGAAGCAAAAAUGUCAAAUGAAGAAGCCAAAGAAAAGUUAUAAAAAACAUUUAAAAUAUUUUAAAUAACUCUAACCUAUCAUAUAUGUAAUUCAUCUGGUUGGUUUCACAAGUAUCAUAUGAUGCAAAAACAUGAAAGGCUGUGAUGUUUGUUAAUCACCAUCUGAUGAAACAUUUACCAAAAGAGGCCUUUACAAAAAAAUAGGCUAUUGAUGGCUGUAGAUUAUGACAUAUACUUGGCUUAAAAAUAGUGCUCUUUAUUUUAAUAAAUAGGUACAGUAAUUUUACAGCUACUAUAAGCUAGAUGGCACAUUAUUGAACUCAAUAAGUCAAGAAAUGGAACUUAUUCCCUGGUGGAAUAAGGAGCUAGCUACAAUUCAAUUGAGUGGACACCAGACUGUAGCAUUCAGUCCGCUGGAGAAGCGGAUUGGUCUCAGCUGCGCCGGCUGGUGGAGAGAGCACACGCACCUGGGCCGCGUUAGCUAAUCAGCCCAGGUGCUUAAAGGUGUGGUCCUCGCCACAGUUUGGGCUUGAGACCGAGAGCACACACUGAGAGAGCGAGUCUGUUUCAGUUUUGUUUGGUUUUUUGUUUUAGUUUUAGUUUUGUUGGUCAGAGAACUUUGAGACAGAGAAAGCAGACUGCCGCUGAAAAGCUGGAGGAGCUGGUCAGGUGAAAAUCUGGCCAGCGGCGAGCCAAAAAACUGUUGCUCGAUUUUGCUUUCUUUGAUAUUUUGAUUCGGUUUAGUUUAUUGUUUUGCCUGGAACCUGUGAGGGGGAAGGGUGAAGCCGUUCAUUUAUUUGUUUUUUUGUGUUGGUGUGGGGGCUCUCUCUCUCUCUCUCUCUCUCUCUCUCUCCAUGCGGCAAACACCAAUGUUUUGCGAAACUGCCGCAUCACUCCCCUGGGGUGUCACACACCAGCGUAUGACACGUACAUUUUUCCUCUUGGCUAUUUUUCUACAUGGGUCUGGCCCUUCAUUUUGUGUCAGUAUUAUUACUGCAGAUAAUGUUUUGCAGUUGGCCUGUUUUUUUAAGAAUAUACAUUUUAUAACCACAUCUUGUUGGGUUUUUUUUUUUUUUUUUUGGGGGGGGUGGGGGCACUCAUAAUUUUGGGGUCUUGAGCAGUGACCCUCCAGUUAAGCAUCUGCCUGUUUCCUGUCAGUGAGACAACUUUUCCUCUUUGUCGGUGUAGUUUAUUCGCUUUGGGCAAAUGCAGUCUAAAUUUUGCCACGUUAAAUAAUUUUGGCUUUUUGUGACCGUUGCACCUCAUGAAUUCAGUUCCCAACUUUCUGCUCUCUUUUGCCUCAUGUUGUUUUGGAGACUCUCAUAUCUCAAGUUCUAUACCCAAGUAUGAUAUUGUCAGACUUUUUACAGAUGACUCAAACUGCCUUUUGCCAUUCAGCUUCAUACAAAUACCCUGUGUAGGCUUAGCUGGCUUUCUAUCUGAUUUAGUCAGCAAUUCUGCAGUUACAGCCUACUAAUUGUAAUAAUGGUGUGUGCAGUUUUUUGAUACAUGUAAAAUAGGCCUACAUGCAAACUUACUAAUCUGUAUUAUUUAACAAUCUUCAAAUAAAAUGUAAUGCAAAAAUGAACACAACAAUGUAUCUUUAUUCACUUUUUGUGAUAAUGAUGAUAAUUACAUUUUCUUUUUCUCUGUGAGGAGAAAUAUUAGUAGUCCAUACAGUGGUAUUACACAUCAGCAUGUCAUAGCUCACUCUUAAACUGCUUGAAUAAAUUUAUAGUGAAAAACGAAAGUGUGCUUAAUUUUUAUUUGCACAGCAGCCAAUAAAAUAUCAUUGACUCGAAAGAGAAAUCCCCCUUCGCACUGUUCAAAUGUUCACAAGCGUCUGACUUCAAAAAGAAUUAGGUGCUAUGUUGACACAAUUGUCAUAAAAUCAGGACAGUUGUCAUGUGCUCAAGGUGAAAGAGAUUUGGGGAAUAGCUAAUACUAUACACAUUAUGUUAAAGAAGCAAAGGCAGUGUAUAUUUUAAAAAAAUACUUAUUUUACAGCCACAUGAGCCUGUGCUAGGUGUGUCAUUAGCCAACAACCUGUGUCUGUAAUGUUCUAACUAUAGAGAGGCCGUGUUUUUUUUGUUUUUUUUACUAUGUACUACCGUUACGCUCAUGGUCAGUGUCAUCAGCCGUAUCCAGCGUUACAGCAUUGA